GGAAAAAUUAAAAAUAGAAUUUUUAUUUUUUAUGCUAAAUGUGUUCAAGGUGCAUGAAACGUCGAGAUUUGAUGCAAACUCGAAAAAAAUUUGACGACGAUUCACUUUUUUGGAUUUUGGCACAUUUUUGCCUUUCUCAUAUAGAAAGGUUAUGCAAUCACUCUGAAAAACGUCAACCUAAUCCCGGCCCGGAGGGCCGAGUGUCAUAUCCCAUUCGACUCAGUUCGUCGAGAUCGGAAAAAGUCUGUAUGUUUGUGUGUCUGUGUGUAUGUGUGUAUGUAUGUGCGUAUGUGUCAAAUAAUGUCACUCAUUUUUCUCAGAGAUUGCUGGACCGAUUUGCCCAAACUUAGUCUCAAAUGAAAGGUGCAACCUUCCCAUCGGCUGCUAUUGAAUUUUGGAUCGAUCGGAAUUCUGGUUCCGGAAUUACGGGUUUCAGAGUGCGGCCACACAGAAAUUUCUCUGCAGCGCCCAUAGUUUUCGGCCAGCAUCAACCCUGGAAAAUUUCUCCAAGUGGUGCACCAUGGAAGCUAAUUUCCUGGGUUACAUCACCAGCUACAGCCUUAAGCUAAGCUGAUAUUUUGAUGCACUCGCGCUUUCCAAGCCAUACGCUUACGGAAAAGAAUAAACACUUUGUUUAAUUAAACUCAGUUUGUUGCUGCCAGCAGCAGACGGCGAUGCUAUUAUAGAAAGUAAAGGCUUCCGAGUAUGAGUCAUAGUGAACUACUGAUUCAUCCACCGGGGUCUUUACUCUCGCGAGCGUGGAAAGAAUGUUUUGUUUAGGUCUGAGACUCUCUCAGAGAGAAGUAUACACAGACAAAAUGAUAAAAGUCUUUUGCGUCAGAUUGGAAGAGGUCAGUCAGUCGUUGAGGGGAGUCGUGAAAAGUUACUUAGGGUUCGCACGCGCAACAGGCGCGCUGGCGAAGAAGUAAGUCGGAUAAGCAAGUCGAAGAGUUCAGUCGUUGUAGUCAGUCGUAUUAAGGCAAUUAGUGACCGCACGGAUAGAAGGCGUGCGCGUGUCGGUCAGUCGAUAUAAGUUAGAGUUAGCACGCGAAAACCGGGGUGCGUCGUAGAAUUAAGCGGAAAAUUCGACCGUAUGUGAACAUGUAGGUAUGUGCCUGAAGGUGUAACGCAAAACAAAUAAAGAUAGUGAAACUUAGUGUUUUUUCUGUGCGAUAUUUAAAUGAAAGAAAACGAAAUAGCUUACGUCCACCCUACUCCUGUCAUAUAAAACCAGUGGCCACCCGGCGGCUACGCUACAUUCUGGUGACAGUACAUUCUAGUGACAGCGGACUUGAAGCCGCAAAAGUGAAAGGCUAGGAAACGCCAAAAACGAUUGGAGUAGACAGUGAGUGAAAGUUGUGGAUUUGGACAUAUCUUAGAAAGUUUGCUUGUUGGUGGUAACCAGUUUUAAUGCCUGAAAUAAGUCUCGUCGCGAGGAAACCUUAACCAUAAGUGUAGAUCCGAGAAAAGCAGAAAUUCGACGAUUUCUGAUCGUGUUAAUAUUGAAUGUGAUGAAAAAAAAUGCGUAAACCGUCUGCGUAAUAUUGAUGUUGAAAACUGAAGAAAAAUCGCAAACCAGUCACGAAAAAUGCGAUAGCUUAAAUGUGGAAAAAGGCAAACACUCAGCAGAUCUAAUCGAUUCAGUGCAAGUUUCUUUGUUCGCAAAACUUUGACAGAGUGCGUCAACGGUCCCGCACAAAUACAUCGUUUUGCGCUUGAUAAGAGUUUGGAAAGAGUUUCCAACAGAUUUGGCAUCACGUGAAGUUGUGCUGUGGAACUAGCGGCGCUCCAUGUGCUGUAGAAAUAGUGGUCUACAUCAUCUCGGCAAGAACGGGCAGAGCAACAAUGCAGUUCAGGUAAGUGAACCGUUUCCACUUUAUUAGCAAAAUUUUACUCGGCAUUUUAGUUAUUCACUCCCUUAGAGUCCUUUGAUGUGUUAUGUUCAUAUUAAUGACUCAAAAAGUUUAGUUCAGCCAAAAAAUUUUUAUUGCCUGAAGAAAAGUUACAAACUAAUACUUUUCAUGUUUCUCAUCUUGAUUGAGCGCUGACAUUUGAUGUUUCUCAUCUUGUUGAGCACUGAGAUCUGUCCUCUAAUUCGAACCAUCGAAUUUUAAACAGCUAUCACUUUUUAGCACAGCCGGCAAGUUUGUUAGUAACCUCAUGGACUUUAAUCAAUAAGUUCUCUUAAGGAAAAACUUUGAUUUUUGGAGAUGAAGAUGAAAAAUAUGGGAUCUCUCGCAACAUAUUUCACUUUCAGCCCAUGUGGUAACCAUAGUAUACGGGGUUUAAAGUAAUUAUUCAAGCAAAUAAUCAUUAAUUUUCAGAUUGAUGACAAAUUAACACUAAAUCGAUGACAAAUUUUUUAUACUAACACUAAACAGACCGAUAGAAAUGGCGAGUCCAAGCUAUCAGGUCAGUUUGUUUUAUUAAUAUCAACCAUCCUUAAGGAUAUAAGGAUCACUGGUUAAAGAUCCACUGAAAGCGCUACCAGGGUAUCAUGACCCGGAGCAGCACAUUGUAGGUGACACGCAAAAGUGGCUGUCCAAUUUAAUUUAUCUAUUGCGUCGACGAAAACCGUCGCAAGCAAUGCAGUUGUUUUCUAAACAAACGAAACCACGGUCAGACGUUGGAUGCCGCGUAUAUGAUGCACACAGCACCAUAAGUACUGGUGUUUUCCUUUAACGAGUUAAUUAAUAAACAAAAACGUACGAGCUACGUCUUUGAUCGAGACCUGGGAGUAGGUCAAGUUCAUGCUAUAGCAGCAGCGUUCUGUUUCACGAAAGUAACGUUUUUGUUACGUAUGCCUUUGAUGUCGCCCGAACAUUGGGGGUCACAGAGCAAGCAAUCAACAAACAACAAAAAUAAACAUUUCUUCCACCCACUAUAUAUGAAAUUGAGAAAUCCAAGAGAAGAGAUAUACAUGCAAAAUGAAUUUUAGAAAUGCUACACCUAUCAAGUAGAUAUGACAGAUAGGGUAAUCCAAUUAAGAAAUCGCGUGGUGAAGAAAACUGAAAAGUCUAAGAAAAUCAAACCAAUCGACAAGGAAAAAAUAAGGUCUACGUCGUUAUCAAACCAAAAAGGCGAUAGAGUAAUCAAGACUACUAGUCAUUUAAUCAAAAAACCAAAAGAAUUAACGAGAAACCGACUUUCCGAACAAGAGAAUAAACGCUCCAUUUCAUUAACAAACAAAAGUAACUGUCCAACUGUCACCUGCGACCAACGCAAAUCAACGCACCGAACCCCAAUUCACCCGCGUGACACAGAUGUAGACACCUUUUUAUAAAACGCCUUUGUUUAGAUCCCCAAUUCAACCCUCCCGAACUACUUCGCUGGGCAACUGAAAAUGAUAGGUACCAAUACUUGUCACUGAGGUGAGUGAGAGGUCAGAAACGAUUAAACGGACUUUGAAACGUGCACCGAAUUCCAUAGCCUAAACUUAAAUCUAUGCUAAAAUUAAAACUACUGUGGAUAUUUGAACUUAAUUCUACGUUAAAACUAAUGAAGUGAACUUAAUAGUGCUGAAUAAUCCCACGCUAUCUUACAACGAAUACCUAACCUUAAUCUAUAAGUUGGUGAUAAUUGGUAAGAAAUACCAGAACCUGGAUCAUCACAUUUAUAUUAUAAUUAAUAUUCUUAUCAACUACAGGAACUGAACUAAGGAACUAAACUUAUACCGAGCUAAUUAGCGCGGUUUAAUUUACAACUAAAGGGACUAAACGUGAGUUAAUCGUCUCAUUAUACUUAGCAAAUUUAUACUUAAAUUUACAGUUUAUAUUAAUGCUAGCUUAUAAAACUAUUACCCGCAGGAAUAUUAUAACCUCUCGCAUAUUGAAAUCGCACACGACGGUUGUUUUAUUUGAGGUUAUACUACCGGAAUCCAUCCCUUACAUUGGUUGACUAUCGCCAACAAAUUAUAAUAUUCGUUUACGAAUAACUGCCAUCAAAUCCAGUUAUGUCCGGAAGAGGCCGAUCAAAUAAAGGUAGUAAUGCCGGUGGUAGUCAUCGCCGUGCAGAAGCAGGUAGCGAGCGAGCGAUGAGUACAUGUGGAACGGCUGACCAGCAUACUUCUCACGUUGGCUGGUCGUGCAGAGUUUGCCGCGGAGAAGACAACGAGGAAAUGGUGAGCUGCGACAAGUGUCUCAAAUGGUUUCACUUCAGCUGUGUUGGAGUCACGCAGGAAAUCGAAGAUAUGUCUUGGAGCCGUAUAGGUUGUAUAAACCCGAACCAGGUUUCAGGGACCAACUCGAAUCCAGAUGGAACUUCUCAAGUAGUGGGUGGUGCCCGUAAGAAGCAAACCACUGGGACGGAUACCGACGCUCUAGCCACCAAACUUCAAGUUCUACUGAAACCCAUGCUAACGAGCCUACCCGAAUCUGGAUCGCAGCGUCAAUCGAAAGCGGAUGACAAGAAAGGGAAGUCGACAAAAGAAACAACCUUGCCUGUUGUUCCUGUACUUUCGAACUCGGAUCCCAACAACGCGCAGGAGCUUAAGGUCAGUAAAGUUAAAUCGGUUGUAUCCCAUACGUCCAGUAGAACCUCACAAGUUCUCGCCAAACUGAAACUGCAAAAGUUAGAGGAGGAACGUGCUCUGAAUGCAAACAAGCUGGAGGAGGAACGCUUGCUAAACGCGAAGAAAGCGAAGCAAGAAAGAACAUACUUGGAGGAGAAAUAUAAAUUUCUUGAAGAAUUAGCCAGUGAGACGGGAUCAAAUAUAAGUAGUGCAGGAAGUGCCGUAAGAGAGUGGGUAGAUGGCCAACAAGUUUCUGAUUUCGUCCCCUAUGCUCACUCCAGUCGACACUCAUAUCAGGAAAGCCAGCAAAGAGCUGGUACGAUUCCCCGUACGAACCACCGAUCAGCAUCGGAAAUCUCGGCGUCGGUUCACCACGAAAACCCGCACCACGGAUAUUCCGCCCAACGCAAAGAAGAUCGCGGUUCGCUGACUAAUAAGCAAAUAGCGGCGCGGCAUGCUAUUUCGAGGGAUCUGCCCCAGUUUUCCGGCAACCCUGAGGAAUGGCCUCUCUUCCUAGCAACAUUCAACAGUACGACGGCUAUGUGUGGUUUCACGAAUGACGAGAAUAUUUUCCGAUUGCAACGGAGCUUGAAAGGACGAGCUUAUGAAGCGGUAAAGUGUCGGCUAGUGCAUGCUUCUAACGUCCCCGGUGUGCUGAAAAUCUUACAGAUGAUGUUCGGGCAACCGGAAGCCAUAAUUAACUCGCUCAUCGAAAAAAUCUGCACUCUGCCAGCCAUAAGGGAAGACAAGUUUGAGACACUUGUGGACUUUGCUGUUAGCGUGGAGAAUUAUUGUGCAACGGUGGACGCUUGCGGCUUGGAAGAAUAUCUAUACAACGUUACACUCCUGCAUCAGCUUGUCAACAAACUGCCACCCACGAUGAAGCUGAACUGGGCGCAACAUCGGCAGUCUCUUCCGGCUGUCAACUUGGCGGCAUUCAGUACUUGGAUCUACACCAUAGCCGAAGCGGCAAGUACUUUGAUGUGCCCAAGCAUCAUGAGUACCAAGCCGACACAGAGCGAGUCCCGCAGUACUGCAAAGAAAGGGAAUGCCUUCUUGAACGCACAUUCUGAGAAUAGUUCUCCCGAACCGCGUGCGAUGAAUCCCAGCGCAAAUGGAUCGAACGAUGUGUGCUCGGUGUGCACAGCCGAUUGUAAGACCAUUGACAAGUGCAAGCGUUUCUUGGAGCUUUCUCGGGAUUCUAGGUGGGCCAUUGUACGAGAGUUCUCGCUCUGUCGACGAUGCCUUCGUCGUCACGACGGUAUAUGUCAAGCAAAAGUCUGUGGAAAAAAUGGAUGCCACUACAAGCAUCAUGCAUUGCUUCAUAACGACCAGAGGCAGCAUUCAUUGGCUACAGAAGGGACGUCCAAAUCAAUAUCGUCAGAAAACAGCAAGGAAUUUCCAGAACCGAAUUCAGCGGUGACGCAUGGAUGCCACACACAUCAGACAAAAUCCAGCGACACCCUUUUUCGCUACUUACCAGUACUGCUGCAUGGGGAGCGUAGAUCUGUGCGAACUCACGCGUUCCUUGACGAUGGAUCAGCCCUUACACUGCUAGAUGAAAAGCUGGCUGACGAACUUGAGCUGAAAGGAGAGGUUAAGCCGCUGUGUCUGCACUGGACCGGUGGAACACAGCGCCAUGAAACGAAUUCGCGCAUCGUUGGAUUAGAAAUAGCUGGUAUUCACGGUGGAGCUAAGAGUUAUACUAUCAAAAAUGCCCGCACAGUGAAGGAAUUAAUGCUUCCAUUCCAGACGAUGGACAUGAAGGAACUCUCGCAGAUCAACCCCCAUAUGAAAGGACUACCGAUUUCAUCAUACCAGGGUGUCCGACCACGAAUUCUGAUUGGACUUAAAGAUUUGCACCUUAGCAUGAUUCUUAACUGUCGCGAAGGCCAACCGAGUCAACCGAUCGCAGUAAAGACACGUCUGGGAUGGACAGUGUGCGGAGGUGGGAGUUCCGAUCUGGCAUCAAGUCCAGUACACUCCAUCUACCACAUUAGUAAUUGUGAUUUGGAUAAGACAGACGAAGACCUUCAUAAGGCGAUGAAGGAUUAUUUCUCGCUUGAUAGUCUAGGUGUCACAAAACCACAUAGGGCACUCCUUUCCGUCGAGGAUAAACAAGCCCUAUCUCUUCAACAAUCUCUGACCAGAUUCACGGGGCAACGUCACGAAACGGGCCUACUAUGGCGUUCAUGCAAUUUGCGACUGCCGGACAGCCAGGCGAUGGCUCUGCAUCGGUUCCAAUGCCUGGAGAAACGUAUGCUCAAGGACAAAGCACUCGCUAAAACUCUGACUCAAAAAAAUAGCUGA